AUGAGUCCCGUGAAGAGCGUUUGCUUUAUUGGCGCCGGCUUUGUCGGCGGUCCCAGUGGCGCUGUACUUGCACUCAAGAACCCCGACGUCGAGGUCAGCGUUGUCGACUUGAGCGAGAACCGUAUUGCAGCAUGGAACUCCGAUGCUCUCCCUAUCUACGAGCCUGGUCUGCUCCCUGUCGUCAAGGAGGCGCGUGAUGCAGAGACUCGCCCUCAGAACCUCUUCUUCACAACCGACGUUCGUGGUACCAUCAAGCGUGCCGACAUUGUCUUCAUCUGUGUCAACACUCCCACAAAGACUGCCGGUAUCGGUGCCGGAAAGGCUCCCAACAUGGCCUACUUCGAGUCUGCCACCCGUAUGAUUGCCGCCGAGGCAGAGAAGGAUACCAUCAUUGUCGAGAAGAGCACCGUUCCCUGCAGAACCGCUGCCAACAUGAGAGAAAUCUUGAAGGCCAUUGGCAAGCCUGGUGUCAACUUUGAGAUUCUGUCCAACCCCGAGUUUUUGGCUGAGGGUACCGCUGUAGCCGAUCUUAUGAGACCUGACCGUAUCUUGAUCGGUUCCAUGCAGACACCUAGCGGUCUCGAAGCUGCAGAGGUCCUCGCCAACCUGUACGGUAGCUGGGUACCCAAGGAGAACAUCUUGAAGACAAACAUCUGGUCAUCCGAGCUUGCCAAGCUCGCUGCCAACGCGCUGCUGGCUCAGCGUAUUAGCAGUAUCAAUGCCCUGAGUGCAAUUUGCGAGGCUACUGGUGCCGAUGUUGGCGAGAUUGCAUACGCCGCCGGUCUUGACAGCAGAAUUGGCUCGCGCAUGCUCCAGGCUUCGGUAGGUUUCGGUGGUUCCUGCUUCCGCAAGGACGUGCUCAACCUUUCUUACAUGGCCGAAACUCUACAUCUUCCUGAGGUUGCUGCGUACUGGCAAUCCGUUGUCGCUAUCAACGAGUGGCAGAAGUCUCGCUUCACCAAGCGCAUCAUUUCGGCACUCUACGGAACUUUGACCGGCAAGAAAAUCGCUGUCUACGGUUUCUCCUACAAGAAGAACACCGCCGAUACUCGUGAGAGUGCCGCCAUCUCCGUUGUCAAAGACCUUAUCGCCGAGCAAGCCAAAGUGUGCAUCUACGACCCUCAGGUCACCAAGGCACAGAUCUGGGAGGAGCUCGACAUCAGCGGAUGCCACAUUGACGACGUCGAGAAGUUUGUCACUAUCGCCAAGAACCCCUACGACUGUGCUUCCGACUCUCACGCCGUCGUUGUUCUCACCGAGUGGGAUGACUGCCGACAAGUCGACUGGGAACAGAUCUUCGACAUCAUGGAACGUCCAGCAUUCGUUUUUGACGGCCGUAGAGUGAUUGACGCUGGCAAGUUGCAACGGCUGGGCUUCCACGUCGAGAGCAUCGGCAGAGGCAACCCCUUCUAA